AUGAAAAUGUUGUUGGGUUAUCAAGAUUUGUGGGAUCUUGUUGAAAAUGGGUUUGAACAACCCUCUUCGAAGGAGGAUGAAGAUAAAUUGACAGAAGGUCAAAAGGUUUUACUCAAGCAAAUGAGAAAUAAAGAUAAGAAAGCCUUGUUUCAAAUCUAUCAAGCCAUUGAUGAGUCUAGCUAUGAGAAAAUCUCCUCCGCAACCAUGUCCAAAGAAGCUUGGGAUAUCCUCCAAAAUGCAAAUAGAGGUAUUGACAAAACCAUAAGGAUGAGACUUCAAGUUUUGAGGCAUGAAUUUGAACCUUCGCAAAUGAAGGAUGAUAAGACCAUUGUGGAGUAUUUUACUAGAACCAUGGUGAUUGUGAAUCAAAUUAGAAGGUAUGGUGGCAACCUUGAUAAUGUAUGUGUGGUGGAGAAGAUCUUACGAUCUCUAAAUGGUAAAUUUGAGUAUAUGGUUCCCGCCGUUGAAGAGUCAAAGGAUACUUCUACCAUGACGAUUGAUCAAUUGAUGGCAACACUUGAAGUUCAUGAGCAAAGGAUGCAAAGGAGGAUCAAGUGGGGACCUUUCAAAGCGGAAGAGGAAAAGGCUAUGACGGUCGUGGUAGAGGCUAUGGAAAUCGUGGAAGAGGCUUUGAAAGCCAUGGAAGAGGUUAUGCGAAUAGAGGUAGAGGCGGAAGAAACACUAGUGGAGGUGGAAGUGGUCAAAAACUCAUAUGCUCCAAGAGGAGGAAGAGCUAGAGGAGGUGGCGACUACAACCGUUCUUAUAAUCGGAAUGGUUAUGACAAGAGGAAUGUUGAAUGCUAUAAUUGUCACAAUUUUGGGCAUUAUAGCUAUGAGUGUAGAGCAAAGUCAAGCAAUGAAGUUGGUGAGCAAGCUAACUAUGUGGAGAAAGAGUACCAAGAAGUUGGGCCUACUUUAUUGCUAGCUUACAAUGGGUCCAAUGGAGAUGAUCAAAGCGAUGUAUGGUUUUUUGAUACCGGGGCAAGCAAUCGUAUGUGUGGCAAAAAGAACAUGUUUGUUGAACUCGAUGAGGCGGUGCAAGGCCAUGUCACAUUUGGCGACUACUCCAAAGUUUCAGUGAAAGGCAAAGGUAAGAUUCUAAUCAAACUCAAGAAUGGUAAUCAUGAUUUUAUUUCCGAUGUUUAUUAUGUUCCGGAUAUGAAAACUAAUAUCUUGAGUUUGGGCCAACUUUUGGAGAAGGGAUAUGAUAUUUGCAUGAAGAAUCUUUAUCUUACAAUUAAAGAUGCUUGUGGAAAUUUGAUUGCUCACGUGAAAAUGUCAAAGAAUAGAAUGUUUUCUUUAAAUAUUCAACAUGAUGCUAUGAAAUGCUUUAAUGCUAUUGUCAAGGAUAAGGCUUGGUUGUGGCACUUGAGGUUUGGGCAUCUUAAUUUUGGUGGCUUGAAGCUCUUAUCAAGUAAAGAUAUGAGAAAGUCGGAGGUGUUUGAUAAAUUCAAAGAGUUCAAAACUCUUGUUGAGAAGCAAAGUGCCCACUACAUCAAGAUGUUGAGAUCCGAUCAUGGUGGUGAAUAUACUUCCGAUGCUUUUGAGAAUUUUUGUAAAGAGCAUGGUAUUAAGCACCAAUUGACUCCAUCCUACACACCUCAAUUGAAUGGAGUUGCCGAAAGGAAGAACAGAACAAUCUUGGAUAUGGCUAGAAGCAUGUUGAAAGAAAAGCGCUUGCCUAGAGAAUUUUGGGCGGAAGCCGUUGCAUGUGUCGUUUAUCUCUUGAACCGUUGUCCAACUAAAAGUGUUCGCUUCAAGACACUGGAAGAGGCAUGGAACUCUUUCAAGCCAAGUGUUUCUCAUCUUAGAGUUUAUGGGUGCAUUGCCUAUGCAAAGAUUCCGGAAGCUAGAAGAACAAGGCUUAAUGACAAAGGUGAAAAAGGCAUUUUUCUUGGCUACGGUAAUAGAAUAAUGGGUUACAAAUUAUACAUCCCUCUUACCAAGAAGGUGUUCAUGAGUAGAGAUGUAAUAUUUGAAGAAGAAAAAAUGCGGGAUUGGAAGGAAAAAGAAGCCACAAAUGAAGUUGAACUUGUUCUUGAAGAAGAAGAGAUGGAAGUGCCAAAUGAAGUUAAAAGAGAGCCACAAUCUCUUCCACAUGGAUCCCCCUCAUCUUAUAGAAGUGAUUCUUCCUCACCAUCAUCAUCGUCAUCGGAGGCUAGUUCAAAAGCAAUUCAAGAGAAGAAAUGGAAGAAAGCUAUGGAUGAAGAAAUCAAUGCAAUUGAGAAGAAUGGUACAUGGGUGCUCACUAGUCUACUACAAGGCCACAAAGCAAUUGGUGUGAAAUGGGUGUAUAAGACAAAGAGAAAUGCAAGUGGUGAAGUUCAAAGAUACAAAGCAAGAUUGGUUGCUAAAGGCUACAAGCAAAGAGCCGGAAUUGAUUAUGGUGAAGUGUUUGCUCCCGUUGCCCGAAUAAAGACUAUUAGAUUGAUGAUUUCUUUGGCCGCCCAACAUAAAUGGAAGAUUUAUCAACUUGAUGUGAAAUCAGCAUUUUUAAAUGGCUUCCCUGAAGAAGAGAUUUAUGUGGAACAACCCUUGGGGUAUGUCAAAGUUGAGCAAGAAAAUAAAGUGUAUAAGUUAAAAAAAGCUCUUUAUGGGCUAAAACAAGCACCACGUGCUUGGAAUGCUAGAAUUGAUAAAUACUUUGUGGAUAAUGGCUUUGAAAAAUGUCCUUGUGUGCAUGCGUUGUACACUAAAGUGGAUGCCAAUGGAAAUUUUUGCUUUUGUGCCUAUAUGCUGAUGAUUUGA